AUGCCUGCCAUCACCCGCAUCGCUCUCGCGGCCGCUGCUUUCGCGGCCUCGGUCCAGGCUGUCGGGCUGCCACCCGCCCAGAACCCCCUUAGACACCCGCGGCCGCUCGUCGUCGACUCGCAGAAGCUGCAGGACCUCGUGCGCAUCGAGAACCUGUCCAAGCGCGCCGACGAGCUGUACCAGAUUGCCCGGCUCUCAGAGCCUGAUUUUAACCGCCCGACGCGCGUCAUUGGCAGCAAAGGCCACGAGGGCACCAUCAAGUACAUCAUCGACACGCUCCACUCGCUCGGAACGUACUACACCGUCUCGACGCAGACGUUCCCCGUCGUCACCAGCACCGUCUACGAGUCGCACCUCGUCGUCGGCGACGCCGUCUACGCCGACGCUACCCCGUUCAGCCGCACUCCGCCGACCAAGGGCAACGAGCCCGUCCACGGGCCGCUCGUACUCGCCGCCAGCACCGGCUGCGCGGCGGGCGACUACCCGGCGGCAGCCAAGGGCGGUAUUGUGCUCGUGCAGCGCGGCGAGUGCGCGUUCGGCACCAAGUCGGAGCUCGCGGGCGCGGCCGGCGCCAAGGCGGCCAUCAUCUACAACACCGACGACGAGGACGUGAGCGGCACCCUCGGCGACCCGACGCCGCACCAGGUGGCCACGUUUGGCAUCACGCACAGCCGCGGCGCGGCGCUCGCGCGCCGGCUCGUCGCCGGGGAGCGCAUCGAUGCGAUUGCGUACAUUGACGCCGCGGUAGAGACGGUUCAUACCAAGAAUGUCAUUGCGCAGACGACGGCCGGCGACGGCGACAACUGCGUCGUGCUCGGCGGCCACAGCGACAGCGUCGAGGCCGGGCCGGGCAUCAACGACGACGGCUCCGGCUCGCUGUCGCUGCUCGAGAUUGCGGUGCAGCUGACCAGGUUUAAGGUGCGCAACUGCGUGCGCUUCGCGUGGUGGUCGGCCGAGGAGGAGGGGCUGAUUGGCUCGACGUUUUACGCCAACUCGCUGUCGCCGGCCGAGAACCAAAAGGUGCGCGUGUUUGUGGACCUCGACAUGCUGGCCAGCCCCAACUACGCGUACCAGGUGUACAAUGCGACCAACGCGGCCAACCCCGCCGGCUCCGAGGAGCUGCGCGACCUCGUCGUCGACUGGUACACGAGCCACGGCCUGAACCACACGUUUAGCCAGUUUGACGGCCGCAGCGACUAUGUCGGCUUCAUCGACAAUGGCAUCCCCGCCGGCGGCUGGAGCACCGGCGCUGAGGGCGUCAAGACGCCGCACGAGGUGGCGCUGUUUGGCGGCGUCGCGGGCGAGUGGUACGAUAAGAAUUAUCACCAGAUUGGCGACGACGUGAGCAACUUGAAUCUGGAGGCCUGGGAGACCAACACAAAGCUUAUUGCGCACACUGUGGCUACGUAUGCCCGCUCCUUUGAUGGUUUCCCCAAGCGCAAGCAGGUUGCGACGACGUCGGCCGACAAGAGCGCGGCAUCCCACUUCAAGUACCGCGGACCGUUUGUCGCGGUUUAA